AUGUCUAAUCACAUAAAAAUUAAGUCAGGCUUCUGUCCGCAUGGAUGGAUUAAAUAUAAUUCACGUUGCUUUCGACUCAUGAGGUCAAGUCUGUCCUGGCUUAAUGCUGAGGCACAGUGUGUAGCUGAACAGUCACGACUGGCAUCUGUACACAGUAUUGGGGAACAUAAAUUCCUGCAGAAUUUGCUGGAAAUGGCUGGUCUAUCAUACGCUUGGAUUGGUGCUUACAACUUCCAGGGAUCAUGGCUGUGGGCUGACACAGCUCGGUUCUACUACAGUAACUGGUACUCACAAAGCAGUGUGUCCAGCUACCCAUGUGCUGGCAUGAGGAACAAUGUUGGCUGGUCUAACACUAACUGUAGAAGUGGAUAUCCAUACAUCUGUGCUAUUGACCUAAAUACAUGUUACAGGACAUAGAUGAGUAAUUGUCCAACAUUUUGAUGCUGAUAUGAUUGAGUAAAAUAAAGUGUCAUUUGUUUUGAGAACAUUUUGGUUAAUGAACACUGUCAGUUAAUUAAAAGUACAUAAAAAAAAAUCUAGUAAAGAAUGAUUCUACAGGCAAUUCUCAUUUAUUGUAUAUUGCAAAGAGCUCUUAAUGAUUCUUGUAUUUCCAAAGAAGGAAACAUAUUUAGAAUAAAUGAACAGACAUUUAGCCUGAACCAGUUAGGAAGGAAAUUGAGCAAAGCUGGAAAUGCUAAUAAUUUCAAAUAAUUUCAGUGUUUAUUUUCUAUAUUGUACAUACUCACAACCUGAUUACUGUCAGCACUGCACCAGCUUGAGAUUUACUAAACUUGUAAAGAGUUAACAGAACACAUGAUCUCAAUAAAGAGUA